UAUGAAUAAGCUAUAGCUAGUUAGACGACGUUUUUUUUUUUAUUAUUCAACGAAAGACGGACGUGAUCAAGAUUUGAAGAAGCGAAAAAUCUAGUCAAGUGUUUCCCAUCGAUGUUUUAAAACAGGAAAGUAGAAAAUAUGGUGUCAACGUAUUACUUUGUUUUGUUUAUCUUUUUCAUUAAAGGGAGUGUCAGCUCAUACUUAUCUUGUUCUCGAGAAAAUCUGACAAUCGAGGAAGCAGGAAAGGACAGAAGGCUAACUGCUACACCCUACUUAACCGUAACUGUAGCAAAUGAAAAUAAAUGUUUGGGUGUAUGCAUAUAUGAUGACUAUUGUUUGUCAUACAACGUAGAUAUGGCUGGAGUAAGUAUCAAGUGUGAAUUGUUUUCAAGAUUAGACGGACAACAGAUGCUGGAGUCACAAAUUAGCUUCAAAUACUUCAAAGUACAUUCUGAUCAUCGCUGCAUACCUGUGGAGAAUUCUUCUCCCAAGAUUUGUGAUUGUCGAUCAGUUCCUCAUGCAAAAAAGGAUUGUUUAGAAUGGCGAGAAAAUGGUGCAUUGGAAGAUGGCUUGUACAAGAUUAAAGUGAAUGACCAAAUUUUUGAAGUGUUUUGUGACAUGAAGACAGACGGAGGAGGGUGGACAAUGAUACAAAAUCGAUUUAGAUCGAACAAUACGAUCAGAUUUAACAGAACAUGGGACGAGUACAAGCACGGAUUUGGUGAUUUGACGACCGAAUUUUGGCUUGGAAAUGAUUAUAUACAUAACUUAUCAACCCAGGGAGAGAUUACUCUAAGAAUCCAUUCUACUGCUGAAAACAACAUGAAAAAGGUUUCGAUUCUAACACAUUUCAGAGUUUCUGGAGAACAUAAAUUUUAUCAAGUGACUUACCAAAGCAUGUCGGGACCAUCCUUAAAUGGAGUUGACACAGAAUUCAAUCAAAGUGACUUCUCUACUUUUGACCUAGACAGGGAUAGUAAAUUAAACAUUAAUUGUGCGGAACGAUUUAAUACCGGUUUUUGGUUAGACGGGUGCCCUAUGGCUAAUCUAAAUGGACCAUAUGCUGCAGGUUUCGGAUUUAUAUGGAAAAAUUGGAACGCACCCGAAGAUUUACAAAUCUAUCAAUUAAAAUCUUCAUCAAUGAUGAUUCGUAGAAAAGUAAAUUGAUGGUUGCUUCAUUAAUUUUGGUUUUAAGAUGUUUUAAGAAAGAGAGAAAAGGGAUUAACACAGACUUUUGGUUUAGCUCGUUGAUAAAAGGAAAAAAUUGCAUCGCAUAUUUUUAGCUACAUGAUAUCCUUUGAUCUGAAUGCUAUUAUUGUUGUAACAUCCGUGAACCCUUCUUUUUAGUAUUAUCGAAUGUCAUGAAACCUAACAGUGAACACAUUAAUUUUGUUGCAACGAUCCAACUCGUUAAGCUACUUUAUGAUACUUAUUGCUUAAAUAGUAAAAAAGAAUUUUUAAGCCAGUGUAUAUUUUUGUUUUUGUUUUUAAAGCUGUGUUGUAUUUGCGCUGGAUUUUAAAUAAUAUUAUAAAAAACUAAUUGAAAUAUGAAAGGCUUUUAUCUCUUUGUUACAAUUUUAAUAGUCCGCCCGCCUCUCCGCCCCUCG